GAAAGACAUUAUCGGUAGAUUUCACUAAACCUGAUAUUAAACUAAACCUUGAUAUUGUGUUAGAUUCUGUCGUUACUAUUUUUCGUUUUUCGAGUAAAAUUAACUAGCAAUUCAAAGCGUAAAAAAUGUCGUCCAUGGAAAACUUAUCGACAUUUUUUUCAAGAAUAAAACUAGCCCCAGGGCGUGGUAGGUGGUGGGUUGUGUACAGUUGUCAAAAUUUCUAAGUGGGAGGUGCAGGGAUAGUAUUAAGGUGAAAAACCAAGAAUCGAGAAGAUGUUGUGCAUUUUGAUUGGAAUUUUUUCACUGGUCUUCAUUAUGGAGGACAUUAUCUUUAUCUGGAAUAAUAAAAAUAGUUAACCUUUUUUCCUUUUUUUUUUUUUUUCGCCUUUAACAAUUGUGUCUAAACAAUGAGAGCUCCGCUGUUAGGCAGUGCCUAAAUUUAUAUCAUAGCCAUUGCAAAGAUAUUUUCGGAAGAGCAGAUGGAUGUAUCAAGCCACACGUAUCCUAACGCCACCUAGUAUGUCAAAACAGAGGCACCCUAAAGGCAAUGAAGGAAAUUAUCAAGCCACAGGUAUCGCUAUAUUAUAUCAAAUCAAUGCUGCCCCAAAGGGAACCAAGUAAAUUAUCGCGCCACAGGUAACCCAAGACAAACCCAGUACUAGUGACUCGAGCUUUGAACAGGUACCAGUUCAUCACUGCAAACUUUCAAGACAAAAGCACGUUGUUGCAGCAGGUACCUUCACUACAGCCCUUUCGAUACGAUAACAAUAUAUCAAAAUAAUGAAUGUUGCUAUAAAAUAUGGUCAAACAUGGCCCAAAGACAACAUUUUUGGCGCUGCUUUUUAUUUUCUUGUUCUUUUAUGAUUCUUUCUAACACGGCCAGUAAAAGCACGUCAAGUUUAACAGAGAAGUCAACAAAAUUGAUGGUACUAGAUGGACCUUGUGUGAUCAGAAGAACGCGGCUGCCAAGACUCGAUGGAAUAAAGGUAGGCCACGUGCAACCGAUUCAGUUGACAUCGAACACAGACCCUCAUCUUGUCAAGACGAUUAGUCUCUCGCCUCCUAUAUUUGAAAUACCAGAUUUCCUGUCAGAAGAAGAAUGCGACAAGCUGAUCAAACUUGCUAACAGUCACAUGAUGCAAACCAGUGACAUCAUCAACCCAGGCGCUACUUUGAGUAAGCUUGACUACGACACGACAUUUAGUCAAUGGGACAGGAAUGGUGAUAAACUCAUUGACAAACACGAGAUUUUCGCUCAGUUACUAUAUCUUCGAGACAUGCACUUUACAGACAAAGAUAUUGACAAAAUGCUCCAAACACUGAAAAUUGGGCAAAUUAAAAAAGGUUUUAUUCAUCCGAAAGAAUUUCAAGGGAAGAAACUCAUGGGAUAUAUAGAUCAAGUGAGGUUAAAAGAUCCCAAAGUCAUAGGUCGUCAUAGCAACGAGACGUGGCUGGACAUGUGGGAAGACGAUAUCUUGAGAGACCUUAAUUUCAGGAAAGCAGCAUUAACCGGUCUACCACUUGAAGUCAUCGAAGGCAGCGAAACACCGGUGGUCAUCAAGUAUGGCAAGGGGGGACAUUAUCACUGUCAUUAUGACUCGCAUUCUCCUGUCGUCAUACAGCCUUGCUGUCAUCGUUCAUCUCAGGAUGGAUGUCGUGUGUGCAGGUACAUCACGAUCAUGUAUUUCUUAAGUGAUGUUGAAACAGGAGGACAGACAGCCUUCCCUAUAGCAAACAACAUAACCUUUAAUCACAAGAAAUGGCAUCAACAGUUACAGAACUUUUCCAACCUCAGCGCCUACUGCUCUAAAGCAAACAUCAUAGUGACACCAAAGAAAGGCAAGGCGGUCAUGUGGUAUAACCACGUGGUAGAUAAGUCUACAGGAUGGUUGGCAGGGCUGGACCAGAUGUCUUAUCAUGGUGGAUGUGAUGUCAUUAGAGGAGAGAAAUGGAUAAUGAACAAUUGGAUAAACAUUAUAGGACAAAACUUCGGGAAUAUCAGGACAUGGAAUGAUACUUAUACUAAAUUACAUAUCUAUAAAGAUCAUCUUGGAAAAUAUGGUGGAACUUAAUCAGAUAUAGUGAUCUUUGAUAAGAAAAAAAAGUUAUAUAAAUAAACAAAAAUCAAGAAA